CAAACACGCACAAUCGCCCUGGCUGUUACCUUGUCUUCUCCUUCCACUCGGUCGGACAGGCCGCACGGGUGCUGCCUACAGCCACAGGCAGGCAGCAGGACCCUGUGUGUUAGGAGCCACUACAGCCCUCUCCAUCACCUGAAGGCCUCUCCUCCUGCCCUCACUUGGAGCCCCUGGCCCCAGCCCUGGCCCUGGCCCCUGGCCUGGUCUGCUUGCUGCUGGACCCUGGCAUGUUCAGGCCUGGCCCGCGCCUGCCUGCCCAGCCCGAGGAACCCCAGUGGCCCCGUGAGCUAGGAUGAGGGGCCAGGCCACCGCCCCAGGCCCCUGCUGGAUCCUUGGCCCCCGGCUGCUGCUGCUUCUGCUGUUCCUGGGGCGCCAGGCUAGGGCAGCCAUGGGGGCCAAUGUGGGGCCAGGGCCUGAGCCAUGCACCACUCUAGUGCAGGGCAAGUUCUUCGGGUACUUCUCAGGGGCUGCAGUGUUCCCAGCCAAUGCCUCACGCUGCUCUUGGACCCUGCGCAACCCGGACCCGCGGCGCUACACACUCUACAUGAAGGUGGCCAAGGCUCCCGCAUCCUGCAGCGGCCCUGGCCGCAUCCGCACCUACCAGUUCGACUCCUUCCUGGAGUCCACGCGCACCUACCUGGGAAUGGAGAGCUUCGACGAGGUGCUGCGGCUCUGUGACCCCUCGGCACCCCUGGCCUUCCUGCAGGCUGGCAAGCAGUUCCUGCAGAUGCAGCGCCAGCAGCCACCUCCUAAUGAUGACCCCGGGCCCCCAGGCAAUGACUUCUCAGUGGAGUACCUGGUCGUGGGCAACCGAAACCCCAGCCGGGCUGCCUGCCAGAUGCUGUGCCGCUGGCUAGACGCCUGUCUGGCUGGCAGCCGCAGCUCACACCCCUGCGGCAUCAUGCAGACCCCUUGUGCCUGCCUGGGUGGGGACACCGGUGACCCUGCCUCUGGCCCCUUGGUUCCCCGCGGUGACGUCUGCCUGAGGGAUGGAGUGGCUGGUGGCCCUGAGAACUGCCUCACCAGCCUGACCCAGGACCGGGGCAGGGAUGGUGCUCCAGGUGGCUGGAAGCUGUGGUCCCUGUGGGGCGAGUGCACGCGGGACUGCGGGGGAGGCCUGCAGACUCGAACACGCACCUGCCUGCCUUCCCGGGGCAUCGAGGGUGGUGGCUGCGAGGGGGUGCUGGAAGAGGGCCGCCUGUGCAACCGCAAAGCCUGUGGGGCAGCCGGGCGCACCAACUCCCGGAGCCAGUCACUAAGGUCCACGGAUGCCCGACGGCGGGAGGAGCUGGGGGAUGAGCUGCAGCAGUUCGGGUUCUCAUCGCCACACACGGGUGACCCCGCGGCUGAGGAGUGGUCCCCGUGGAGCGUGUGCUCCAGCACGUGCGGCGAGGGCUGGCAGACACGGACGCGCUUCUGCGUGUCGUCCUCCUACAGCACGCAGUGCAGCGGGCCCCUGCGCGAGCAGCGGCUGUGCAACAACUCGGCCGUGUGUCCAGUGCAUGGCGCCUGGGAUGAGUGGUCACCCUGGAGCCUGUGCUCCAGCACUUGUGGCCGUGGCUUCCGGGACCGCACACGCACCUGCAGGCCUCCGCAAUUUGGAGGCAACCCCUGUGAGGGACCCGAGAAGCAAACCAAGUUCUGCAACAUUGCCCUGUGCCCUGGCCGGGCAGUGGAUGGAAACUGGAACGAAUGGUCAAGCUGGAGCACGUGCUCCGCCAGCUGCUCCCAGGGCCGGCAGCAGCGCACACGGGAGUGCAACGGGCCUUCCUAUGGGGGCGCCGAGUGCCAGGGCCACUGGGUGGAGACCAGAGACUGCUUCCUGCAGCAGUGCCCAGUGGAUGGGAAAUGGGAAGCCUGGGCAUCAUGGGGUGGCUGCAGUGUCACCUGUGGGGGCGGCACACAGCAACGGGAGCGUGUCUGCUCAGGGCCCUUCUUCGGGGGAGCAAUGUGCCAGGGCCCGCAGGAGGAGCACCGGCAAUGCAGUGCCCAGCGGUGUCCUGAGCCCCAUGAGAUCUGUGACGAGGACAACUCUGGCACUGUGAUCUGGAAGGAGACCCCAGCGGGAGAAGUGGCUGCGGUUCGGUGUCCCCGAAAUGCCACGGGCCUCAUCUUGCGGCGCUGUGAGCUGGAUGAAGAAGGCAUUGCUUACUGGGAGCCCCCUACCUACAUCCGCUGCGUCUCCAUCGACUACCGAAACAUCCAGAUGAUGACCCGUGAGCACCUGGCAAAGGCUCAGCGAGGGCUGCCCGGGGAGGGGGUGUCCGAAGUCAUCCAGACGCUGGUGGAGAUCUCCCAGGAUGGGACCAGCUAUAGUGGGGACCUGCUCUCUACCAUCGACGUCCUGCGGAACAUGACCGAGAUCUUCCGGAGAGCAUACUACAGCCCCACCCCUGGGGAUGUGCAGAAUUUUGUCCAGAUCAUCAGCAACCUGCUGGCGGAGGACAACCGGGACAAGUGGGAGGAGGCCCAGCUGAUGGGCCCCAAUGCCAAGGAGCUGUUCCGGCUGGUAGAGGACUUCGUGGAUGUCAUAGGGUUCCGCAUGAAGGACUUGCGGGAUGCAUACCAAGUGACAGACAACCUGGUCCUCAGCAUCCAUAAGCUCCCCGCCAGUGGAGCCACGGACAUCAGCUUCCCCAUGAAGGGCUGGCGGGCCACAGGCGACUGGGCCAAGGUGCCGGAGGACAGGGUCACUGUGUCUAAGAGUGUCUUCUCCACGGGGCUGGCAGAGGCUGAUGACUCAUCUGUGUUUGUGGUGGGCACUGUGCUCUACCGGAACCUGGGCAGCCUCCUGGCCCUUCAGAGGAACACAACCAUCCUGAAUUCCAAGGUCAUCUCUGUAACAGUGAAGCCGCCCCCUCGUUCCCUGCUCACACCCCUAGAGAUUGAGUUUGCCCACAUGUACAACGGCACCACCAACCAGACGUGUAUCUUGUGGGAUGAAACGGACGUGUUGCCAGCUAGUGUUGGUCCUAGUGACAGUCACAGUGCUGGUUCUGAGGAGGUGAUGGCAGUCGUGGUGAUGGUGAUGCUGCUGAUAGGGGAGGUGAUACCGGUGAUCACAAGACACAGGAGUGAUGGUGACAGCGGCAGUGGGCAUGGUGCUGUCGGUGCUGUUGAUGGGUGGGGUGGUGAGAGUGACAGCACUGGUGACGAUGCUGUUGACAGUGAUGUUGAUGGCAGUGGCGAUGGUGACGGUGGCAGUGCUGCUGCUGCUGUGAUUGUUGAUGAAGAGGGUGGUAGUGGUGGUGGUGUUGAUAAUGUGAAGGCAUUGUGUGACGUGAUGGUGCUGGUGGUCAUGCUGGUGGUACUGUGUGGUGGUGGUGAUGAUGGUGAUGGCAGUGAUUGUAUUAUUGUUGUUGAUGGUGGUGUUUUGAUGUUGGUGGUAGUUUCAGUGAUAGCAGUGAAGGUGGAGGGUCUAGAACCUGCCAGGCCAGGGCUUUCAGGAGUGACAAAUGAGCCAGGCAGAGAGGAGGAGGGAGUAGGCGAGCAGAACAUGGAGAAGGUGGUGGUGCCGUCUGUGACGCUCAUCGUGGGCUGCGGCGUGUCGUCCCUGACCCUGCUCAUGCUGAUCAUCAUUUAUGUCUCCGUGUGGAGGUACAUCCGCUCGGAGCGGUCCGUCAUCCUCAUCAACUUCUGCCUGUCCAUCAUCUCCUCCAACGCCCUCAUCCUCAUCGGGCAGACCCAGACUCGCAACAAGGUGGCCUGCACACUGGUGGCCGCCUUCCUGCACUUCUUCUUCCUGUCAUCCUUCUGCUGGGUGCUCACCGAGGCCUGGCAGUCCUACCUGGCCGUGACAGGCCGCCUCCGAAACCGCCUCAUUCGCAAGCGCUUCCUCUGUGUGGGUUGGGGGCUCCCUGCGCUGGUCGUGGCCAUUUCCGUGGGAUUUACCAAGGCCAGAGGGUACAGCACCAUGAACUACUGCUGGCUCUCCCUGGAGGGGGGACUGCUGUAUGCCUUCGUGGGACCAGCUGCCGCCGUUGUGCUGGUGAACAUGGCCAUCGGGAUCCUGGUAUUCAACAAGCUUGUGUCCAAGGACGGCAUCACAGACAAGAAGCUGAAAGAGCGGGCAGGGGCCUCACUGUGGAGCUCCUGCGUGGUGCUGCCGCUGCUGGCACUGACCUGGAUGUCGGCCGUGCUCGCCGUCACCGACCGCCGCUCCACCCUCUUCCAGAUCCUCUUUGCCGUCUUUGACUCGCUGGAGGGUUUCGUCAUAGUGAUGGUGCACUGCAUCCUACGGAGAGAGGUCCAGGAUGCUGUGAAGUGCCGAGUGGUGGAUCGCCAGGAAGAGGGCAACGGGGAUUCAGGGGGCUCCUUCCAGAACGGCCACGCCCAGCUCAUGACGGACUUUGAGAAGGAUGUGGAUCUGGCCUGUAGAUCAGUGCUGAACAAGGACAUCGCAGCUUGCCGCACAGCCACCAUCACGGGCACACUCAAGCGGCCCUCACUGCCCGAGGAGGAGAAGCUGAAGCUGGCCCACACCAAGGUGCCACCCCCCAACUUCAACAGCCUACCAGCCAACGUGUCCAAGCUACACACACACAGCUCCCCCCGCUGCCCCGGCGGCCCCCUGCCAGACUUCCCCAACCACUCACUGACCCUCAAGAAGGGCCGCGCACCCAAGUCCUCCUUCGUGGGUGAUGGGGACAUCUUCAGGAAGCUGGACUCGGAGCUGAGCCGGGCCCAGGAGAAGGCCCUGGACACAAGCUACGUGAUCCUGCCCACGGCCACAGCCACACUGCGGCCCAAGCCCCAGGAAGAACCCAAGUACAGCAUCCACAUCGACCAGAUGCCACAAACGCGCCUCAUCCACCUCAGCAUGCCACCGCCCACCUUGGAGCCGGUGCCCUCCAGCCUGGGGGAGCCCAGGGAGCCCACCACCCACCUGGGGCCCGGCACAGGGGCUGGGACCAAGAAUGAGAGCGUCUCCACCUUGUCCGUGAGCUCCCUGGAGAGGCGGAAAUCGCGGUAUGCAGAACUGGACUUCGAGAAAAUCAUGCACACGCGGAAGCGGCACCAGGACAUGUUCCAGGACCUGAACCGGAAGCUGCAGCAUUCGGACAAGGACAAGGAGCCAGAAAAGCAGCAGACGCCCAACAAGCGGCCCUGGGAGAGCCUCCGGAAAGCCCAUGGGCCACCCGCGUGGGUGAAAAAGGAGCUGGAGCCACUGCCACCAUCGCCACUGGAGCUGCGGAGCGUGGAGUGGGAGAAGUCAGGCGCCACCAUCCCACUGGUGGGCCAGGACAUCAUUGACCUCCAGACUGAGGUCUGAGUGGGCGGGCGGUGGCCACACACCAGGCACAGAGGAGGGAUGCUGCUCUGCCCACUUCUGCCGCAGGACGCAGGACGGGCACAGACACACUCAAGGGCAGCAGGCCAGGCCCGCGCCCCGCCUCAGGGCACUCAGACAGUGGCCAGGCGGAGAUUCGCAGUGCUGGGACCACAGACGGGACAGGAAGCGGUGGCCCCUGUGGCACAGGGCCCCAGAGGCCAGAAGGUGCCUCAGACUGUGCCCUCCUCGGACCCAGCCUGGUGGUCGAAUGGGCAGCCACAGACAAUGGCCAGGCUGGAUGUGGCCAGCACCCCCGGGAUGCCCACCUGAGCCUCUGCAACAGAGGAUCAGCCUGCUUGGCCUGGCCGGCCUGGCACCAUUUUUUAGAAACCCCCAUCCCUUGGGAAACAGCCAGCCCCCACUCCCUCCCAGGGCCUGGGCCUCCUGGUCCCAGGCAGGGGGCAUAGCCCUCUCUCUGCCUGCCCCAGGGCCAGGACUAGAGGCCCACCCCGGGGUGAAGCAGGGGCAGGGAAUCUAUUUUUUCUCUCCUUUUCUUUUCUUCAAUAAAAAGAAUUAAA